ACUUUGCCUCAAGCUCAAAUGUAUGUCUAAGCAAAUUGUAGCCAUUCACUCUGUCUGUCUUCAUCUUCACCAGCUCAUGAGCUUCCUUCCCAUUGAAAGAACCAGCAAAACCCACCAAUUGCCAUGGAAAAGCUUCACAUCCAUAACAAGAUGUCUCCUUUGUUCCUUCUGUUCAUUUCUCUUCUAUCCUUUUCUUUAGCCUACAGUAAUACUCCAUUUAAGCACUUCAUCAACUGUGGAUCAGACUCCAGUGUUAAUGUUAGUGGCCGGACUUUUGUUGGUGACAUCAAUUCCAACUCUUCUUUCACAUUAGGGAAUAGUGAGGCUAUCUAUAGCAGCAGCCCUUUACCGAACACUUCUUCUCUUUAUCGAGCAGCCAGACUUUUCAGACAGAAAUCUCAAUUUGAGCUCAGUAUCACUAAACAUGGAACUUACAUGGUUCGCCUUCAUUUCUUUGCUUUCGAAUCCCAAGGGAUUAAUUUAAACAAUGCUUUAUUUGAUGUUUCAACUUUGAAUUUUUCGCUGUUGUCAAAGUUCAGAGUCCAAAACAGUUUCCCUGUGAUCAAGGAAUUCUUUCUCACCAUCAAUGUAGGGAAGCUAGGAAUACAGUUUUCACCUUCAUCUUUUGCUUUUGUUAACGCCAUAGAAGUCUUUCUUCUUCCAACAAACUUCAUCAUGGAUAAUGCCACAGCUGUUCCUUCUGUAAAGAACGAAAAAGGAUCUUACUAUGGUUUACUAUCUAAGGCUUUACAAACAAUUCACAGGAUCAACGUUGGAGGUCCGGAGAUUAAGGAGUCCAAUGACUCCCUUUGGAGGAAUUGGAUGCAAGAUGAGGGUUAUGUAAUUUACCCAACUUCUGCAAAAACUUGUGCCUUUUAUAAUGGUACGCUUGGAGAGGGUCCUAAACCCAUCAGUGAUAUUGCCCCAGAUCUUGUUUACAGAACUUGCAAGGAAGUGAAAGACAAUAGCAGGGAAGCAGAUUUGCAGAAUAUAACUUGGCGUUUCAGUGUAAGGAAGAAAACUCGACAUUUUGUUCGCUUUCAUUUCUGUAACAAUAUUCGUGCUGUUUUUGCAUUUAAUCUCUAUAUUGACGGCGAAAAAACUAAAGAAAUAAAUACUUAUGAUUAUCCUAACAUUUAUGAUCUGGUGGUGGAUUCUGAUGAUUCUGGACAUCUCAAAAUUAGUGUAGGCCCUAAUGAUCAUAUUGACAAACAAGCUUAUCUAAAUGGACUCGAGAUUAUGGAGUUCGUGAUGAACAAAAGCUCGGUGUUGGCGUUGCCUCCGGAAGGGCAACAAAACAAAAGUCUGUUCAUUAUAAUUGGUUCAGUUGGGGGAGUGGCUUCAGUUUCCAUUUUGAUAUUUUUAAUUAUGCUUGGUAGGAAAUGGGGGAGAGCUAAGCCUGUUAAAGAAGUAGCUCUAAAGGCUAUGCUCCCUUGUAGGAUUCGGAGCUCUCACCAUAGAUCGAUAGCUAAAAGAAAUGGAAUUGCCUCCCCGGUUCCUAAUUUAAACCUCAAGCUAAAGAUAUCUUUUGCUGAAAUAGUGGCUGCUACAAAGAAUUUCAACAAGAAGUUUUUGAUUGGUGAGGGUGGCUUCGGUAAAGUUUAUAAAGGAAUCCUUAAGAAUGGUAUGAAGGUAGCAGUGAAACGAAGUGAUUCAAGUCAUGGGCAGGGAAUUCCAGAGUUCCGAACUGAGGUCAUGGUCCUAUCCAAAAUUCGACAUCGCCAUCUUGUUUCCUUGGUUGGCUAUUGCAGUGAAGGAGCUGAGAUGAUACUGGUUUAUGAAUUCAUGGAAAAUGGGACUUUGAGAGACCAUCUAUACAAGCGGAAAGACAAAGCUAAGAGAUUGUCUAUGCAAUCUAAAUUGUCUUGGAAGCAAAGGCUUGAAAUUUGUAUUGGCACAGCUAAGGGCCUCCAUUACCUUCACACCGGUUUAGAUGGGGGAAUCAUUCACCGAGAUGUAAAAUCAACAAACAUUUUGCUGGAUGAGUAUUAUGUGGCCAAAGUUGCUGAUUUUGGUCUUUCAAAAUCGGGUCCUUCUGAUCCAGACCAUUUUAGCAUGGACAUAAAAGGUAGUUUUGGUUAUCUUGAUCCUGAAUAUUUCAGAACGCUUCAGUUGACACAUAAAUCCGAUGCGUACUCUUUCGGUGUGGUACUUCUGGAAGUGCUUUGCGCUCGACCACCCAUUGUAAAUUCAUCUCAGAGGGAGGAAAUAAACUUAGCUGAAUGGGGAUUGUUUUGGCAAAAGAGAGGGGAACUCGAAAAAGUUAUCGAUCCUUUACUGGUGGGUCAUAUUAACCCCCCUUCAUUGAGAAAGUUUGGUGAAAUAGUUGAGAAUUGUUUGAAGCUGGAAGGAGCUGGGCGGCCUACAAUGCUUGAUGUGUGCUGGGACUUGGAAUAUGCAUUGCAGCUACAACAAACUGCAGUGCAUAGAAUGCCUCACGAGGACAGCAAUACAGAUGCUUCAGCUAUGGUACUUCCUGUAGCUCAAAGAUCGUCUUCAAAUAGCUUCUCAGUUACAGAAGAGAAGGCACCAAUGGGAUGGGACGGUGGCUCAAAUACAACUAGUGCACUAGUGGAGAGUUCUUAUAAUUGAGUUUUGAUUGUGCCAAACAAUCUUAACUGGUUAGCAUCGUGAUUUUAGUUUCUGCAGCUUCUUAUAACCAUAUUUUGGUGUAUCAUUACAGCCAUAGGUCACAGAGCAAAAAGCUCUGAAUAUUGUGGUCAAAUUAAGUUCUUGAAAUCAAGGUCUUGAACUUCUGAUAAGAUAAGUGUUUACAUUAAUAACUAAAAUUGUCUCA